AUGACCUACAAACUCCGCGCAGCUCAGUAUGGCACGCCGUAUUUGCAACUGAGCGACGGCAUGUAUGGUCCGCUGAUAAUCCACGGACUCGCGACUGCGGACUACGAUAUCAACCUGGGACCUGUCUUCCUGACGGACUGGUUCCACAAAAGUGCGUUUAUCGUCUGGGCAGAAAGUGCCAUGUAUGGAGGCUUCCCCGUGCGACCAAGAGCAAAUGCACCGAACAGGUUGAUUAACGGCACAAAAGUAUUUCUCUGCGACGAAUCAGAUGACUCAGCCUGCUUGGGGACCGGGAAAAGCUCAGAGGCCAUAAUCCAGAAGGGCAAGAAGUAUCGUCUCCGAUUGCUCGAUGCUCAGACAGAUGGGUGGAUGAAGAUCUCGAUUGAUGGGCGUAAACGCACAGUCAUUGCGGAGGACUUGGUUCUGAUUGUGCCGUAUACGACUGAUGGCGUGAUUCUUGCUUCGGGUCAACGGUAUGAUGUUGUAUUCGAGGCGAAUGAGGAUGUUGGUAACUAUUAG